ACUGAGUAAAUACUUACAGGAAAUGGAUAUUAUUCCAACAUGAUGAUGGAUGAAACUAAUCUAGGUGAUUUUGAUAAUUAUGGCAACACCUAUGCUGACCAACAGUCACAGGCAACGCAAGUUGGUCCAGCAGCCCCCUCCGUGAGGCCAAACCAUAAGAGAUCAAAGAAUUUCAGUGACCACGAAGAUGAGGUUUUGGUUUCAAGCUGGCUGAAUAUAAGCUUGGAUCCAGUCGUAGGCAAAGAUCAAAAGGGUGGCAGGUAUUGGUCUCGUAUCUAUGAGUACUUUCAUGAACACAAGACAUGCUCCUCAAAGCGUACCAUUAAUUCUCUCAUGCACCGGUGGGAGACCAUACAAAAAUGUGUGAACAAGUUUUGUGGAUGUCUAACACGGAUUGAGUUAAGACGUCAGAGUGGUACUACAAUGCAAGACAAGGUUGCAGAGGCAUGUGCCUUGUACAAGUCUGAAGAUGAACAUGGCAAAGCAUUUCAGUUCAUGCAUUGCUGGAAUAAGCUGAGAACACAACCAAAAUGGCUUGCUAAAAUUGAUGAAUUGGCUGCUGGUAAAACAUCUAACAAGAAGCAGAAGACAAGCUCUACUGCUGAUCCGAGUGCAGCUUUACCAAGUGAAACAGAACCAGGUGCAGUUGAAGGCUUGGAGGCUUGUGCAUUGACAAGGCCAAUAGGUAAGAAGGCGGCAAAAGCAGCAUUGCUGCAAGAGAAGAAAAAAAGUGUGACAUCAACCUUAGAAAAUAUGUGGGCACAGAAGAAAGAAACUGAUGGGGAGAAAGAGCUAAAGAAAGAAGAGAGGUUCAAUAAAGCAUUUGCUCUUGAAUAG